GUGAAGCUUUCUUAGGCGCCUUCUUAUAAACCUCAGGCGCUCGCUCGGGCAGCCUGGAGGAGUGGGUCCUUUUUCCCUCAGCGGAUGAAGGUGUGUGGCGGCGGCUCGGUUCAUGUUUUUAGCCCGUUUCUUGGUAAAGAUGGCAGCCAACAAUGUAGUGCUGAACAGACUGGAGCAGAAGGGUGCAGAGGCCGAUCAAGUUAUUGAAUACCUCAAGCAACAAGUUGCUCUGCUCAAGGAGAAAGCUAUCUUGCAGGCAUCUCUCCGAGAAGAGAAGAAGCUCCGUGUGGAAAAUGCUAAACUGAAGAAAGAAAUUGAAGGGCUGAAACAGGAGCUGAUUCAAGCAGAAAUUAGAAAUGGAGUAAAACAGAUUGCAGUUCCUCCUGGUACAAGCAUUUCUACAGCUUCGUUUUCAGAUGAUGUUCCACAACCUACAGCAGUUGCAUCAUCUCCUGGUUCCAAAGAUCAAAUUCAAGGUGAAGAUGAAGAAAAGAAAAAGAAUGAAAAAGUAGAAAAAAAAGGUGAAAAGAAGGAGAAGAAACAGCAGCCAGCUGCUGGAAGUAUUGAUGCAAAACCUGUAGAUGUUUCUCGUCUGGAUCUUCGUGUUGGCUGCAUUAUUACUGCUGAAAAGCAUCCGGAUGCAGACUCUCUGUAUGUUGAAGAAGUGGAUGUUGGUGAAGCAAGCCCAAGGACUGUUGUCAGCGGUUUAGUGAAACAUGUUCCUCUGGAUCAGAUGCAGAAUCGGAUGGCAAUACUACUCUGUAACUUGAAGCCUGCAAAGAUGAGAGGAGUAGUAUCUCAAGCAAUGGUGAUGUGUGCCAGCUCCCCAGAAAAAGUGGAAAUUCUGGCUCCCCCGCCCGGGGCAGUACCUGGGGAUAGAAUCACUUUUGAAGGUUUUCCUGGAGAUCCUGAGAAGGAACUUAAUCCGAAGAAGAAGAUUUGGGAGCAAAUCCAACCUGAUCUUCAUACCAAUGACCAGUGUGUUGCCACGUACAAAGGAGUUCCAUUUGAAGUAAAAGGGAAAGGAGUCUGCAGGGCAGAGACCAUGGCAAACAGUGGAAUUAAAUAAAUAAAUGGUUAUUAGAAGCUUUUUCAGAUGUUGAAAUGGAAAGUAAUGCAAGCAUAAUAAAAAACCAUCAAUAUAUUACCCCUCUGAAA